GUUUUCAGCUUUGAUCUUGGGUCGGCAGCAUCGCCAUGCGCCUACUACAAAGCGCUCCAUGAAGUGCGAACAUUGUUCUCGUUCGCCGCUCAAAUCGGUCUUGAACUGAACACUGUGAACCUUGGUGGUGGUUUCCCUGCCGGCAAGGUGGACAAAGAGCAAAGAUUUCCUGAGAUGUGCGAUGUGAUCAAUGCCGGUCUAGAUCAGCUGUUCUCUUGCAGAGAGUUUCCAGAACUGAAAGUGAUUGCGACGCCAGGAAGAUAUUUCGCUGCCGCUGCAUUUGUACUAUGCACCAACGUGAUCGGAAAGCAAGCACUGGAAGCGCGUCACAUCACGAAAGACGAUUUCGACGAUGGUGUUGGAUUUGUUUAUCAAACCAACGACAGCGUAUAUGGAUCGUUUGGAUGUGUGUUGAUGAAUUCGCAACCGUUGUGCACUCCUUUGGAUGAAAUCGCCGAUGCACCUCAGCAUUUUGGAACUGUGCUUGGCGCAUCACUCCAGCCAGGAGACGUAGCCCAGUCGCUGAUUCGCUGUCGUCAACUCUGUGUUGGCGAGUGGCUUCUCUGGAAAGAUGCUGGAGCGUACACGAUGCCGCUUGAUGGAGAGCACGCGCUACCACCUGUUUAUUAUUAUGCUGGCAUUGAUGAGUGGAACCGUAUUAUUGGUGUGAGUAAGGCGAGUAGCGCCUAUACCAACGAUGGCGCUAUGAGUUCGGAUGCAAUGGAAACGGCAUCCGAUGGAGCGAGUGAUGUGGAGAGUCUCGACGACGACGGCGAGGAUUUGACCGAGUGCUUUGAUCGAGUGUUCUUCUACUCGCUGUGA